UCUAAUACUCUUGGUAAAAUAUGAUCAAAACAGCUACAUGUUUUAAAAACCUAGGAUCCCAUGAUAAUUCUAAUACAGUCUUCAUGCCCACUCUCUCUCUCUCUGCUUGUGCCAGGCAAGGGCACAGCUGCACAAAAUCAACAGCAAGAAGCAUCCUGCUUAUUCAUCAGGAUGGGGGAUUUGAAUAACAAAAAGCCAUGUGAAAUGGUAUAAGGUAUAAAAGCUAGCGUGAACAUGACCUAUUGGACAACAUCCCAGAACCGCAGCAAACCAACACCAUGGCCAAGAUCAUCUUCUACGAGGACAGGAACUUCCAGGGACGUUCCUAUGAGACCAGCUCUGACUGCCCUGAGUUGACCUCCUACCUGAGCAAGUGCAACUCCUGCAAGGUGGAGAGCGGCUGCUUCAUGGUGUACGACCGUUCCAACUUCCAGGGAAACCAGUACUUUGUGAGGAGAGGAGAGUACGAUGACCACCAGCGUAUGGGCAUGACCGACUCCGUUCGCUCUUGCCGUAUGAUUCCCAUGCACAAAGGACAGUUCAGGAUGCAGGUCUAUGAGAGAGAGAACUUCGGAGGUCAGAUGCACGAGCUGAUGGACGACUGCGAGUCUGUCCAGGAGCGCUACCGUAUGUCCGACUGCCAGUCCUGCAAAGUGAUGGACGGCCACUGGCUCAUGUACGAGCAGCCCCACUUCAGAGGCAGGCAGGUGUACGUGAGGCCUGGAGAGUACAGGAACCUCAGAGAGAUGGGAAACAGCUCCGUGAACAGAUACAGCUCCAUGAGACGUAUCAUGGAUUCCUGCGAGGGUCAGCGUCAUUGA